AUGGACGGCCUUGAGGAUCAGCCGUUAUUGGGCCCGUCAGCCGGCCACAAACGGUCGCCGGGACUUCGCGAUAGGCACAGAACCAAGCUCAUUGCCACGACAGUUGCCCUUAUGGCGCUGUUUGUCGUCUAUCUGUCGUGGCCCUCCCACUACAAACCUCCCGAUCUGCCAAAAUAUCCAGCCCAUGUCCCAUUUAUCGGCGGCCCUACUUGGAAUCCGCAGACGAACUUGACGGCACGCGGUUCUCAUGGGGGUGUGGCGUCAGACUCUGCCCUUUGUUCGCAGCUGGGGGUCGAAAUCCUCAAGAAAGGGGGGUUUGCUGCCGACGCAGCUGUCACCACUUGUUUGUGCAUAGGAGCCACAAAUACCAUGUUUUCGGCAGGAAUUGGCGGGGGCGCGUUCAUAACGACCAGAAAACAUGGCGAGGAUGGCGCUGUGUCGAUCGACGCGCGCGAGAUGGCCCCUGCAAAGGCGCACAAGGACAUGUUCAACGGCCGUGAGGUGCUGUCAAAAUUUGGAGGCCUGGCCGUGGGCAUUCCCGGCGAGCUACAAGGACUGUAUGAGCUGCACAGACUGCACGGCUCGGGCAACGUGAGCUGGGAGGAGCUGAUCCUGCCCGUUGUGGACAUCCUGGAAGGCGGGUUCGAGGUGAACGAGCUGCUGGGGUUGGCCCUGUCGGCUUACAAGUCGUAUUUCCACGAUUACAGGCACGACUGGGAAUUUGCGUUCAAAGACGGCCGUCUAUUGCGGGCCGGCGAAGUGAUGAGACGGCCGCAGCUGGCCGCAACGCUGCGCCAGAUUGCACAGAACGGCUCGGCAGCCAUAUUCUACGACCCCCACGGGCCGAUUGCUCCUCAUCUCGCCCGCAAGGUACAACGGAUGGGCGGCGUGCUGCAGGCUGAGGACUUUGCACGGUACCAGGCCGUGGUGGAGCCGGCACUCGUGAUGAACAAUUUUUCGCGGCGCGCAUUGGACAUUUAUACGAGCUCUGGGGCGUCGUCAGGACUGGCGUUGCUUUCCGGGCUUAAAAUCAUAGACACAUUUGAGCCGGCGAAAGAUAAAGACUUCUCGGUGAGGGAGUCGCAUCGGCUGGUGGAGACAAUGAAGUGGCUUGCGAGUGUGCGGAGCAACUUGGGAGACGUGGGGGUUUUGAGCGACAACAAAACGGCCCGGGAGUUCCGCGAUGCACGGUAUUCGCGGCUCGCCAGCGAAGAGUGGUGUGGGGCCACUGCUAGGAAAAUCAACGACAACAGGACACUUCCAUGGCAAGCUUACGAGCCCGCAUAUCAACCCAACGAGCCGCACGGAACGUCGCACCUGAGCGUGGUGGACAGAUACCACAAUGCAGUGAGUCUCACCACUACCGUAAAUUUACUUUUUGGUUCGCUUGUGCACGACCCUGUGACCGGAAUAAUUCUGAAUGACGAGAUGGAUGAUUUUUCCAUCCCGACGUCGAAAAACGCAUUUGGGCUGCAGCCAUCGGUUUACAACUACAUCGAGCCGUUCAAGAGGCCGCUGUCGUCGACAUCGCCAAGCAUUGUCGUGGACCGUGCAACGGGCAAGGUGGACAUGGUGAUUGGUGCGGCCGGUGGGUCCCGCAUCACCACGGCAGUUUUGGAGGCACUGGUCAGAACAUACCAUUACGACAUGGGGUUGGUGGAGACAAUUGCAUUUCCGCGGUUACACCACCAGCUGCUUCCGGAGACCUUAUUUGUGGAGAACCCGGCAAGAGAGCAGUUUGUGCAGGGCAUGAUGCAACUAGGGCAUUCUGUGGAGAUGAUAGACCACGCGACUGCGAUGAACGGAAUCCGGUUGCAAAAUGACACCAUUACGGCACUGAGCGAUUAUUGGCGGAAGCUGGGCCAAGCCGCCUGUUACUAA